GUAAUAAUAAUAACUUAUCAAAAAUAGAAGUUAAGUUAUUAAACUUAAAUGUGACAAAAUCGUUUACAUUUUACCGGUGGAAGGUCAUGAAAUCAAUUUUCAUAUGAAGAGGUUUUGUUCGUGGAAAUAAAUAAUGAAAAACAGAAGCAAGGAAAAUUGCGUUUUAUUCUUAGUGAUAUUGUCAUACUCGGUUAAUACCAUUGGUGCAUGGAUGUUUAAUGGUCGACCAGAAGGGGGUAAAGUUGGGGCUCCUUAUGUACCGAAAGGAGUUCAACUCCCGGAUCAACAAUUCUACGAAUUUCAGACGGUCAACCAUUUUGACGGAAGCGACUUUAGAUACUGGAAACAGCGUUAUUUUGUUAACAAUGUCACAUUUAGAGCAGGUGGGCCUAUUUUUAUAAUGUUAGGUGGAGAAUCGGAGGCAAAUCCCGCGUGGCUAGUUGAUGGCGCAUGGCAACAAUAUGCACGUGAUCAUGGCGCGUUCCUAGUUCUAUUAGAACACAGAUACUGCGGAGAAAGUCAACCUGUUCCGGACUUGAGCACCCCGAGCCUGCAGUACCUUAGUUCGAAACAGGCUCUAGCGGAUAUUGCACAAUUCGUCUCAUACUUCAAGAAACUCUACAUAUACCAAUAUCUACAAAACAGUAGUGUUAUAUUGUUCGGAGGCUCUUACGCUGGUUCAUUGGCAGCGUGGGCUAGAUCCCGCUACCCGUACCUUAUUGACGGAGCAGUUGCAUCUAGUGCCCCAAUGGUGGCUAUGAUGGAAUUUCAAGACUAUUAUGUCGGGGUUGGCGAGGCACUUGAUAACUACAACACUGACUGUUCUACAGAGAUUAGAAACGCCACUACACGUAUGUAUGACUGGUGGGGACAGCCGGACAAGAGGGUCUUAAUGCAGAAAAUAUUCAGACUCUGUGAUAAAAUCGACCAUGAAGCAUUGUUCGACCUGUCUGUGUUCUUCUACAAUUUGGCUUCAAACUUUGCCGGUGUCGUUCAAUAUAACAAUGAUAAUAGAAAGUUUCUGGGUAAACAGGGGACUGAACUAACGAUAAAAACAGUUUGUGACAUCAUGACUGACGAAAGUAGAGGUGACAGUAUUCAGCGUUAUGCUGAUGUGAACUCACUCAUUCUUGACACGUUUGGCAAGAAGUGUCUGAACCUUAGAUACAAUAAACUAGCGAACUCUCUCAACCAUACAGAGUGGGGAAGUGUUUCGGCAGAAGGAAGUAGACAAUGGCUUUAUCAAACUUGCACGGAGUUUGGAUGGAUCCAGAGCUCUUGGUCACCGAAACAGCCAUUCGGUGCGUGGAUUUACUUUCCUUUUAAUCUAACGACGGACUUUUGUGUAAGUGUUUUCCCGCCGUGCAUAUAUGGCGGAAGUGAGGUGUUGUACAACAGUGAACAAACGAAUCGAUUUUAUGGCGGUCUAAGUCUUCCAAUAUCGAGAGCUGUGUUUGUAAAUGGAAUGAUGGACCCUUGGGUAAAAGCUAGUUUGACCGUGCCUGGUCCCUUUUCAAGAGACAUUGACAUCAUUUCAAUAGAGGGGACUGCGCACUGUGCUGACAUGUAUCCACCUUCCCCCAUAGACCCGCCUCAAUUGGCUGCUGCUAGAUCCAAGAUCUCUAAAACCAUCGGAAAUUGGCUAGCUAAUAACUAAUUUGUUUUACCUUUGACGUAGUUUCUUAUGUAAAUAACUACAAUGAUUACUACUGGUCCUUUUUCGUAACCGAUAUCCAAAAAGACUGCACGAUCUGAAAAAUACGGUAAGAUAUGGUCUAGCGGUAAAUCGGUUACACGGCAGUCCAACAAUGACAUGAAAAUGUAAUUGUACAAAGAUUGCAGGACACUAGUCAUAGACAUGCUCAUACAAACUCAAUAAAUUUGUUCCGUUAAAAAACUGAUAUAUUUCAAUUUUUGUGGCUUAUGAACACAGAAAGCGCAUGCGCGAAAUGUUACUUCCGUUUCUAUGGAAAUAUUGCAUUGUAAAAAGGUAUAUGAAAUUUCAAUGAAAAGAAGGUAAACAAAUCCAUUAACAACAGUAAUAUUUUAAAACUUUUACACAAAGAUCUUGCAUGUACAUAUUGAUCAUUUGUCAUUAUUCAUAACGUACAUUAAUAUAUAUACGACGCUAUAAAAUAUUCGUGUAUAUUUCCAUCCCAAGAUAAACGAGAACAAAAUUUAAUGUCAAUAUAAAUAUGUAUAGUGAUGCUUAUAUUUAAUUGUUAACUUAAUAUUACUUUAUAUUUAUUAAAUGCUUUGACUUUUUCACGUAAAAUAUAUUUAAAAAUUAAUUUAAUCAAUCAUUUUUCAAAGGCUUGAUGAUGACGAAACCUCACUAUUCUUAAUAUCUUUUCGCACGAUGCAAUUAUUUGAUUAUAUAUGAGAAAAUAAUUUGUUUCAUAAAGAGAAUAUUUAUAAAUAAUGUAAGUUGAUUCGUUUGUAAAACUGCUUGUUUUAUAGUUGGACACCAAAUAAAAUAUCAGAGAGAAAAAAUGUUUCUCGGUAGUAUUUUAGAAUAAAUUUAAAGAGCUAUAGAAAGAUAAUAGAUCGGAUUAUAAGUGAUGUUAACAUAAAAAAUCAUUACAACUGUUAUUAAACUGAAGGAUCAAUUUGUCUUAUUUUGGUUUUAUACUUUUACAAAUACAUUUUUUGUUUGUUAUUUUUUAAUUUGUUAUGUCAGUAAAGGCUUGUCAUCUAUGUUA